GGGGUUGGGAAAGGCGACCCUGUGCUAUUUUCCCUCUAAAUCGGUUUAUGUUUAACUUGCUCGAACGGAAGAUUAAAUAAAUUACCAUACAGUAUCUUAACGCGCCCACAUACGUUCCCCGCUUUUGGCUAAACACCGCGGCGAAAAAUUCACUCCAACCGGGGACGCAUUUGACGGCAGCUAACGUUAAGACUACUUGUUUAGGCGCCCCGUGUAGUGGGUUUUACAACUGCUGUUUUAAGUGCUUUUAGACAGUCAUGUGAUUGUAACGUAACCCGACCGGAAAACACCGACGACCAUCGCCGCCAAUGCUGCGUUUGAGAGGAACAGAGCAGCUGCGAGUCCAACGGACAAGUCCCCCGGUAACAAACAACAACACGGCUAACUCAGGGUAGACGCUGCGUAAGAAGGAGGUAGAAUGGCUCUGGCCAAUCACGGUCUGGUCCUGCUGCAGCAGCUGAAUGCUCAGAGGGAGUUUGGCUUCCUGUGCGACUGCACUGUUGCCAUCGGAGACGUCUUCUUCAAAGCGCACAAGGCCGUGCUUGCAGCCUUCUCCAACUACUUCAGGAUGCUGUUCAUCCACCAGGACAGUGACUGCGUGCGGCUGAAGCCGAUGGACAUCCAGCCCGAUAUCUUCAGCUACCUGCUAAACCUGAUGUACACGGGACGGCUGUCGGCGCAGGUGAUCGACCCGGCACGCCUGGAGCAGGGUGUCAAGUUCCUGCACGCGUACCCUCUCCUGCAGGACAUCAGCCCCCAGGCCACGCCCCCACCGCCACCCCCGAGCCACGCCCCCGCCGCCGGCUCCUCCCUCUAUGGCAUUCAGAUCUCUGACCAGCAGGAGGCGCUAGCUGCUCGCCUCUCCUCCCCCGACGGUGGAGUGGGAGGGGCCAGGGUGGGGGUGGAGUCGGAAGCGGAGUUUGAGACCUUCGGCAGCUUCGCGCAGCGCGGCGAGGAGGAUGUGGGGAUGGACACCGCGUACAGCGACGCCCCCUCCUCCUCCUCCACCGUCUCCGCGGUUACGGCCGUCGCCGGCACCAUCCGCCACGUGAAGCCCAGCAUCAUGCAGCACCGCAGCGGAUCCUUCCGGAAACAGCACUCGUGCCACGUGUGUGGCACGCGCUUCGGCCAGCGCUCCGCCCUGCGAGAGCACCUGCUCCUGCACACACAGCAGGCGCUGCUACUCCCUCUGGUGGCUGAUGGUGGUGACGCGCCCAUUCCCAUGUUCCCCGGCGGCGUGGCCACACCUGAGAUGGAGGAGCUGUUCCGCAGCGGCAGCAGCGCCAUGGCAGCGGCGGCCAUCACGGCGGCAUCCUCCGCUCUGGCGUCGGACGGGGAGCAGCCCACCGCGUCGUCGUCCGCCACCAAAGUGUCGCCGCGCCCCGAGAUCCCCAUCUCCAUGUACGCGGCGAUCGGGCAGCCGCAGGCCGACACGCCCCCGCCGUCGGACAUCGCUGACAUCGACAACUUGGAGGGGGCGGCCGACGCGGAGCGGGAAGUGAAGCGGCGGAAGUACGAGUGUUCCACCUGCGGCCGCAAGUUCAUCCAGAAGAGCCACUGGAGGGAGCACAUGUACAUCCACACGGGCAAGCCCUACCGAUGCAGCGCCUGCGGCAAGAGCUUCUGCCGCGCCAACCAGGCAGCACGCCACGUGUGCCUGGGCCAGGCCGACCCCGACAGGUCCGACGCUCGUCAGGUCUCCGAGCUCUGCACCGCCGACGACAGCCAGCUGGAGGCGCUGUUCCUGAGCACCGGCCGCCAGCCCUACAGGUGCAACGUGUGUGACGCCACCUUUUCCAGCCCCCAGCAGGUGCUCAAACACCUGUGCUUCACUCAGGUGCCCUACUCCUCCAACACCCAGCUCGCCAUGACGACGACGGCCGCCGGGGGAGCGGACUUGCACGGCCAGGACGCGACGGGCCGAGGGGACGAGGGAUCGGACUCGUCCAGCGGCAGUCGGGAUGGCGCUCCCGUACGGACCAUCAAGACCGAGGAGGUGUCGGUGGAGUAGAGUCUGGGCCUUUUAUCUGGUGGUGAUGUUAAUAAAUGAUGGGUCAGUAGUUUAAGCUAUGAUGGUCAAGCCUGGAAAAGAUGGAAAAAAUAGGAUGUGUGUAUGUGCUGGGGCUUUUUUUUCAAUUGCCUAUUGCAUUUUGCUUUUAUUUUGCUUUUUUAUACAUGUUGUGUCAAUAAUUUAUGCACUCGUGAAGGGCAGAACCAGGGAAGUUGAACUAGUAACCAAUUUUGGCCCCUCAGCGAACCAGUGAGUAAGUUCGUCCCCAGCGCGUGAUGGCAAGCUGCAGGCUGUGUUUCAGUGCGGGCAGCUGUGCUGAGUUUCAGGGCUGCGUGUGGCUGAGUUCCGUUGCAUCACACAUUGUGGCUUGAGGCCCCCUCGCCUCUUGAGUAACAGUUAAAGACAGAGGAAGGGGAAGUGCAGGGCCUCUACAGUUUAACCGACCAGAGACUGGCUCGACAAAACCCCUCACACUAAGGUCCUCACUAGAACAAAAAUUUGUUGUUCUAGUGAAAACAUUCUGUUUUAAAUUAUCCUCACUAGAAUGCUAACCCUACUCCUAUAAUGUCCACUAGCAUGCUAACCCUACUCCUAUAAUGUCCACUAGCAUGCUAACACGCUAACCCUACUCCUAUAAUGUCCACUAGCAUGCUAACCCUACUCCUAUAAUGUCCACUAGCAUGCUAACCAUACUGCUCCAAACGUGUUUAACUAGCACGCUAACCAUAGUGCUGUAAAUGUCCUCACUAGCACGCUAGCCCUAUGACCCCAAAUAUCUGAAGCUAAAACUACUGGUCCAAAUGUCUCUAUCAACAUACUAACGUUACAUCUCAAAUAUGCUAACGUUACAUCUCAAAUAUGUUAACCUUCCGGCUCGUUAUGUUUUCACUAACUACACGGACCUUACAGCUCCAGCGCACUAACGUUACUGUUCUAAACAUUAGAAACUGUUUGUACUCGGUGUGUCACUGUAAACAAGGCACAUACACUUCCCAUGGUGUCCCUCAAGGUGACAUGCCUGUGGAAGUGCUCAAUCGUUCACUGGUCUUCUUUCUCUCCCUCUCUCUCUCUUUCUCUCACUCACACAAACACACACACACACACAGUCAUUCACUGGUUUACUUACUCUUGCCUUUUGAAACUUGACAGUAGCAACAUGAGGUUUGCACAUGUCACCCUCAGACCUGCGUCUGCCUCCACUAGGCCAGAGGUCUGGGGAAUUUUAUUGGCUAAUCCUAACCCUAGUCCAGAGGCCUGGAGAACCUAAUUGGUUGAAUCCUGUGCAACUCAAAUGCCGAGGGUUGAGGUGUCAACCAAACUACCAGAUUAAGUUUCUGAAUGCAGAACACAAGCUAGUAUAUAACUUGAUUUAAGAAAUAACAAUCAGUUUCUGAUUGCAAAACACAAGUCACUGUAACAUAAUAUUUGCAGAGCUUAAAAAAGAAGAAUCAGUUUUUUAACCUUAGCUACACAGUCACUGGUCCCAGUUUGAAGUGGUUAAUGAUCUUAAUAAUCUUUUUAGUUGACACCUAGCGUCAGUAUUUAAAUUCAAUAGAGAAUCCACCUUAAGACAAUGGCUACUGCACAUGACCUACAUUGGUUAUGCUUGACAAAUCAAACAGUUGUUUUAGUCAGUCUUCUGAGCCAGAGCGAGGCGACUGGCUGCUGUCAUGGCGACGGGACUCUGGGUCUCACUAUGGCGACGGCACUCUGGGUGCUGCCAUGGCAACAGGCAAUGUUGUGUUGAUGCUCUACUGGAAUCAGAGCAGAAUCAGUGCAGGGACGACUACCUUCUUGUUUUGGUAAACUUGUUUACAACUGUGCCAUUAUUUUUUAAUUAUUAUUUUGGUGUUAUUUUUUAUCAAUCUGUUACUGUGUGUGUUCCGAUCGCUAUUAUUUUCAGCCAUUGACACAGUGAUAUUCUGAAGCGAGUAUCAACUUUCUGCCAAGAAUAAUGAUUUUGCCUGAACAUGUUAAUGAAGCCCUUAUUUUUGUGUUUUAUACCUUUCUAAUUUUAUAUACAUUGCUAUAUUUACAAAGAAUAUUUUAUAUCUCAAAGGUUGUAUAUUGCUAUUUGCAUUAAAUGUAGAAAAUAAUUGG